UCUGCGCGUUUCUCGGACAGGUCGGGGCGCUGUGUAUAAAAGGUGACACCAGUACAGAGUUUGUUACUGAACGACGACUGGAGUGAAGCGGCGUUAUGUCUGGCAGAGGAAAAGGAGGCAAAGGACUCGGCAAAGGCGGAGCCAAGCGGCACCGUAAAGUGCUCCGGGACAACAUCCAGGGCAUCACCAAACCGGCCAUCCGCCGUCUGGCUCGGCGUGGCGGCGUCAAGCGGAUCUCGGGUCUGAUCUACGAGGAGACCCGUGGGGUGCUGAAGGUUUUCCUGGAGAACGUGAUCCGGGAUGCGGUCACCUACACCGAGCACGCUAAGCGCAAGACUGUCACUGCCAUGGAUGUGGUGUACGCUCUGAAACGCCAGGGCCGCACUCUCUAUGGCUUCGGCGGCGCGCUCCCCACGGAUGCGGCGGGCCAGCUGGAUGUCUUUGGGCAUGAUGGUGACUCGCUUGGCGUGGAUGGCGCACAGGUUGGUGUCCUCAAAGAGCCCCACCAGGUAAGCUUCACUGGCCUCCUGCAGGGCCAUGACGGCCGAGCUCUGGAAGCGCAGAGAAUGGCCCGGACCAAACAAACAGCGCGAAAAUCCACCGGAGGGAAAGCUCCCCGCAAACAGCUGGCCACCAAAGCGGCGCGGAAAAGCGCUCCAGCCACGGGCGGAGUGAAGAAGCCCCAUCGCUACCGGCCCGGCACCGUGGCUCUGAGGGAGAUCCGGCGCUACCAGAAAUCCACCGAGCUGCUCAUCCGCAAACUGCCCUUCCAGCGCCUGGUGCGGGAAAUCGCUCAGGACUUCAAGACCGACUUGCGCUUCCAGAGCUCGGCCGUCAUGGCCCUGCAGGAGGCCAGUGAAGCUUACCUGGUGGGGCUCUUUGAGGACACCAACCUGUGCGCCAUCCACGCCAAGCGAGUCACCAUUAUGCCCAAAGACAUCCAGCUGGCCCGCCGCAUCCGUGGGGAGCGCGCCUGAAUCCGGCCUCGGCACCAAGCACAACAAAAGGCUCUUUUAAGAGCCACUAACCCAGCAGUGGAAAGGGCUGUCAUUUCCUAUUCAUUCACCUUUUGUGUUACCGACACGCCGAUUUCCUCUGAUCCUCCCCUGUGGGUUUUGUGUAAUAUUGUUCAAUAAUUCAUCCCGGUUUGUUACAGACUCCAACACGGCCGGACCCACCAACACAAUCGGCAGUUCUGUGCCGUUGAGUUAACGCAGCGCGAACACCAGAGAUAAACAUCCCUCGCCGUCACGGUCUCUGUCCCCAUACCCCUGCCGUGUACAGCUGGUAAUUUAUUAUUGCCAAGUUUUCCAUGUAUUUGCGGUUGUUACCGUCGUAAGAAUGGGUUUUAAUAGUCUCCCGGUCCCAUUUCUAGUCGAGCCUAUGAUUAAUUCAGGGGACACUUCAGACACUGGAAUUCAGGUUCUUUCACAGAACUCUUUUUCGCGUUACAAACUCUCCUUAGACCGCAGGUUGAGAAAGACCAGUGCAGAACCAAACGAUAGACCGCGAGUAUAAACUUCUGGCUUUUGGAAACUAAAUGUCCAGCAACAUUUAAACUGGUGAGUUAAAUAACGUAUGGGCGGUUACUGUAAAAACUAUUCAUGGGAUUAAUGAGUCAAAGCAUAUUUUUACAGUCUAUGGUU